GUUUUUGAGCUAGCGCCCAAUUGACUCCCAUUCACUCCCUGAAGGAGAGCUCUCCUUGUCCUAGAAUGUACCGCGCGGCCCAUUGCCGAUGCAUGGGCAACGUACAMAAGGGAGUUAAUACAAUUCCAAUCUCCUCAAAAGUAUCUCUGGAGUACAGCUACGACCAGAAGUGACUUUUCGUAGCAGGUUAGGAGAGCAUUUUAUCUAACCCUAACCUAAGUCUCCUAAACUGCCACGUUAAAUAUCCUAACCUGCUACGAAAAAGUAAAUUCCGGUCGUAGCUGUACUCCGUCUAGUCAUGCAGCGUUCACAUGCUAGUUGGAACUAGAAAACUGUAAAAUGUUCGACCUGCUAACUGGGUGUAGUUAUACACGUGCCGCGUUCAACGAAUCAGCAAUUCGGAAAUUGUGAACGUGGUAUCAGAACCCGCAUCGAGCUACCCGGGCGUCKGUUUUGACAGCAGAAGCUACGCAGCCAAGUUUAUUUGAAGUUUUUACACAGCCAGCAAAAACAUACGACUCAGUAGGUGGAUUGUAGAGGUUUCAAUCAAUAUGAUUUUACUGACAAUGAUCGCCCGAGUAGCAGAUGGUCUGCCGCUUGCUGCAUCGAUGCAAGAAGACGAGCAGUCAGGAAGAGACUUGCAACACUACCAGAGCCAGGCUAAGCAGCUGUGCCGCAAACUAAAUGCCCAGAGUCCCAAUAGAUGUACUCUGGAGGCUGGGGUCAUGUCCUUCCACUAUGUAAUAGAACAUGGCGUGUGCUACUUGGCCUUGUGUGAAGCUGUGUUUCCCAAGAAACUGGUCUUUGGGUACCUGGAAGACCUCCAGACAGAAUUCAAUGAACAGCAUGGAAAGAAAGUCACCACAGUUUCCAGGCCGUACUCUUUCAUUGAGUUUGACGUGUACAUCCAGAAGACAAAGAGGAACUACAUUGACAGCAGGGCGCGGAGGAACCUGGGCAGCAUCAACACAGAACUGCAGGACGUCCAGCGUAUCAUGGUGGCAAACAUUGAAGAGGUCCUGCAACGAGGAGAGGCCUUAUCUGCUCUCGACACCAAAGCCAGCGAUCUGUCCAGCCUUUCAAAGAAGUACCGCAGCGAUGCCAAGUACCUCAACACCCGAUCCAUCUAUGCCAAGAUAGCAGCCGGGGCAGUCUUCUUCAUUACACUCAUCGUCUAUAUGCGUUUCUGGUGGAUCUGAUUGAUUGGCAUAAGGACUUUGAAGUUGGUGAUAGUCUGGAUUCCCACUUAAACUCGCUGGUACCUAUUAAUUAUAGGCUGCCAUAUUGGUGGUUUCUGUUAACAGCAAAGCUUAAGUUCCUACAUCGAUGCCUUAGGGAGAGACCUUGUAGGUAUUGGAUGAGUGGAUGGAACUGUGCCUUCAGCUUUGUCAUGUCUCGUACCUAGGGCACUGUUUGGUGAAUCAUGUCAAAUGACCUGGAUUUUAAUUUGAAGCCUUUUCCAGAAAUGKGAAUUAGACCAAAAAAUUAAAGCAAUUGUCUGAGGAUGGUGCUGGACCAUCUGACAAAAAUAAGGGGACAGAUUGAUGGAAAAUGCUUUAAAUAAAAGGUUAAAACCCAGGUCAUGUGACACGAUUAACCAAACACAGAAUCCUUCAACACCUGUAUAAAGAUACUGCCCUGUGGUUGGUAAUGUGAGCAAAGUGGAGCUUUCUGAAUUCGUAGUGAUUGUAUAAUCCCAUUAGUUGAAAUAUAAAAGGGAUUGAAAAUGCAAUAGUUUACAUUAUUCCGGCAUUUGUUUUUACAAUGUCACUUUGAAGGACAAUUCUAUCUAUAUGCAAAUGGUCUUAAGUGUGAAACAACACUUUACCAUGGCAAAAAAGUUGUUUAUUGUUUACAAAGGUUACAUAACUGUAAAAGGAUUUGUUGAAAUGUAUAUUUAUCUUAAUGUUUAUAAAAUUUUAAACACUA